AUGGUUAACUUUACUAUUGAUCAAAUUAGAUCCAUUAUGGAUCGUCGUGAAAAUAUCAGAAAUAUGUCUGUUAUUGCUCACGUCGAUCACGGAAAGACCACUCUUUCUGAUUCUUUGAUCCAAAGAGCCGGUAUUAUUGCCGAAAAGGUCGCUGGUGAUAUGAGAUAUAUGUCUACCCGUGCUGAUGAACAAGAGCGUGGUAUUACCAUCAAGGCUUCAUCUGUGUCGCUCCAUUUCGAAAUCACCGAAAAGGACAAGUUGCCACCAGGAUGUGUUUCACCAAGCUUUUUGAUCAAUCUUAUCGAUUCACCAGGUCACGUCGAUUUCUCUUCAGAAGUAACUGCUGCCCUCCGUGUUACUGAUGGUGCUCUCGUCGUUAUCGAUUGUGUCGAAGGUGUCUGUGUCCAAACCGAGACUGUACUCCGUCAAGCCGUCGCCGAACGUAUCAAGCCAGUCUUGUUUGUCAACAAGGUCGAUCGUUUCCUCCUCGAACUCCAACUCAACACUGAAGAAGCCUACAUUUCCUUCCGUCGUGCUAUCGAGUCUGUCAAUGUUAUCGUCGGUAACAUGGACGACAAGGAUUUCGGUGAUGUCACUGUUGCUCCAGAAAAGGGUACCGUUGCUUUCGGUUCAGGUCUCCACGGAUGGGGUUUCACCCUCGGCAAGUUUGCUGAAAUGUACGCCGCCAAGUUUGGUGUUCCAAAGGACAAGUUGAUGGCCCGUCUCUGGGGUGACAACUACUUUGAUGGUGAAUCCAAGAAGUGGACUUCCUCCCCAACCUCUGCCACUGGCAAGCCACUCAACCGUGCUUUCUGUCAAUUCAUCCUCGAGCCAAUCUACCAAUUGUCCCGUGCCGUCGUCGACGACAACAAGGAAAAGAUCGCCAAGAUGAUCACCACCCUCAACAUUACCCUCUCACCAGAAGACAAGGAACUCAACGGAAAGGCCCUCAUCAAGGCCAUCAUGAGAAAGUUCCUCCCAGCCGCCGACUCUAUCCUUGAGAUGUGUGUCACCCAUUUGCCAUCCCCAAUCGUUGCCCAAAAGUACCGUGUUGCUUCCCUCUAUGAAGGUCCAUUGGAUGAUGAAUGUGCUGUUGCCAUCUCCAAGUGUGACCCAGAAGGUCCACUCAUGAUGUACGUUUCAAAGAUGGUUCCAACCUCUGAUAAGGGUCGUUUCUAUGCUUUCGGUCGUGUAUUCUCUGGUGUCAUCCGUACCGGUCAAAAGGUCAGAAUCAUGGGUCCAAACUAUGUCCCAGGCAAAAAGGACGAUCUUUUCCUCAAGUCUAUCCAACGUACCAUUCUCAUGAUGGGUCGUAAGACUGAACAAAUCGAAGAUUGCCCAUGUGGUAACAUUGUUGGUUUGGUUGGUGUCGAUCAAUACCUUCUCAAGUCUGGUACCAUUACCACCUCUGACAUUGCUCACAACAUCAAGGUUAUGAAGUUCUCUGUAUCACCAGUAGUCCGUGUCGCCGUAGAAGUAAAGAAUGCAGCUGAUCUUCCAAAGCUCGUUGAAGGUCUCAAGCGUCUUGCCAAGUCUGAUCCAUGUGUCCUCUGUUAUACCGAAGAAUCUGGUGAACACAUUGUUGCCGGUGCCGGUGAACUCCAUCUCGAAAUUUGUCUCAAGGAUCUCGAAGAAGAUCACGCUGGUGUCGCCAUCAAGACCUCUGAUCCAGUCGUAUCUUUCCGUGAAUCUGUCGCUGAAAAGUCCUCCCUCCUCUGUCUCUCCAAGUCUGCCAACAAGCACAACCGUCUCUUCUGUACCGCCGAACCAAUGUCUAUGGAACUCCAAGAAGAUAUCGAAAAGGGUAACGUCUCUCCAAAGGACGAUAUCAAGGCCCGUGCCAACUAUCUCUCUGAAACCUACGGAUGGGAUCAAAACGACGCCAAGGCCAUCUGGUCUUUCGGUCCAGAGGGUCAAGGUGCUAACCUCCUCGUCAAUGCCUCAAAGGGUGUCCAAUACUUGAACGAAAUCAAGGACUCUUUCGUUUCUGCCUUCCAAUGGGCUUCCAAGGAAGGUGUCAUCUGUGAUGAAAACAUGCGUGGUAUCAGAUUCAACGUUCUCGAUGUCACCCUUCACACUGAUGCCAUCCACAGAGGUGGUGGUCAAAUCGUCCCAACUGCUCGUCGUGUACUCUACGCUUCUGAAAUGUCUGCCUCCCCAAUCCUCCUCGAACCAAUCUACCUCGUCGAAAUCACUGCCCCAGAAUCUGCCGUCGGUGGUAUCUAUGGUGUACUCAACAGACGUCGUGGUCACGUCAUCUCUGAAGAGCGUCGUGUCGGUACCCCACUCUUCUCUGUCAAGGCCUACCUCCCAGUACUCGAAUCUUUCGGUUUCACUGCCGAUCUCCGUUCUCACACUGCCGGUCAAGCUUUCCCACAAUGUGUCUUUGAUCAUUGGGAUUCCAUCGGUUCCAUCGGUGUCAUGGGUAACUCUGGUGACAAGAGAGCCACUGAAGUCGCCGUCGCCACCAGAAAGAGAAAGGGUCUCAAGGAAGCCAUCCCAGACUUUGACCAAUUCUAUGAUAAGCUCUAA